ACGUUUGUGGACGAGUAUAAGCGGGACAAAUGAUGGGGUGGUGGGUGUGCUGGUGGUGAUGAUGGUGAUGAUGGUGAUGAUGGUGAUGAUGGUGAUGAUGGUGAUGAUGGUGAUGUGUAGUAGUGGGUUGUGGUGGUGGUGGUGGUGGUGGUGGUGGUGGUAAGUGUGAUGUAUGCCUGAGGUGUGAUGGUGAUGGUUGUGACGAGUGUGUUACAAGAAGACGGUGUUGGGCGCAUGGACUUUUAGAAUGUUAUCUUGUGUACUUAGAUGGGAUUUGUGUGUUUUUGAUGUUGUGGAGGACGAUGUUAUCUACUCUGACCCAUCUCGUCGUGCUCUACGUGGAUUAUGCCUCUACUUGACGGCUUCUUGGCAAGGUGACGGACUGGAUCAUUGUCAUACUCGUCCACGGUGGCAGCAGCCAGUGACGGGUAUGCCUGUUCAGCAUUCCACACGCCGGGUAUGUGAUACCUCCAGUGCCGUGACGAUGGUGGACAAGAAUCGAAAUUGCAAUAUCAAGUCUCCAGAUCGUCGCAUGGAAGAUUUGAUGAUGGUGAUGAUGACGAUGACGAUGGAACAAGAACGGCUAACCUAUACAUUAAUUAUUUAUUGCCCAGACGGCCCAGCUACGAUCCAUUCUUCAACCGAGCCUCAUCACGUGCACCGCCCAUUCCACAUCGGGACAGUAGUGGACGGAAGCGGCUCAGGCCGUGCUGCGGUAGCGCGUGGAAGAAAAGACGAGAUAGUGGCUGGCGGUAAACGAAUGGCGCUGGCUGUGGCUUUUUGAGUACGAGUAAGAUUUGCGUGGCUGUCACGAUGACGAUGACGAUUGCGAUCGUUUAGUUGCCCGCCCCGGUGCGAUGCAAUCAUUUCUUUCUGGCGAGACUGACGCUGGACCUAAUAAUCACUUGAU